AUGGAACUAGAAAAUAACACCCAGUUCUCAGAAUUCAUCCUCCUGGGGCUCUCAGAUGAACCAGAGGUGCAACCCGUUCUAUUUGGGAUUUUCCUCUCCAUGUACCUGGUCACGGUCUUGGGGAACCUGCUCAUCAUCCUGGCCACCAUCUCCGACCCCCACCUCCACACGCCCAUGUACUUCUUCCUCUCCAACCUGUCCUUUUCGGACAUCUGCUUCACCUCCACCACUGUCCCCAGGAUGCUGGCCAAUAUCCACCUUCAGAGCCAAACCAUCAGCUACGCCUCCUGCCUCACCCAGAUGUACUUCUUCAUCCUUUUUGCAGAACUGGACAUCUUCCUCUUGUCCGUGAUGGCCUAUGACCGCUUUGUGGCCAUCUGCCAUCCACUGCAUUACACGGCCAUCAUGCACCCCCGCCUCUGUGGCUUCCUCUUGCUCUUCUCCUGGAUCCUGAGUGUCCUGGACUCCAUGAUCCGGGGUCUCCUGGUGCUGCGACUGUCCUUCUGUGCCCACGUGAGGAUCCCGCACUUCUUCUGUGAAAUCAACCAAGUCCUUCAACUGGCCUGUUCCGACAACCUCCUCAAUAUGAUCGAGAUGUACUUUGCCACCGUGCUGAUGGGCAUUGUACCCCUCUCGGGCAUCGCUUUUUCCUAUUCUCAGAUUGUCUCUUCCAUCCUGAGGAUGACCUCUGCCAGGGGCCGGUACAAAGCGUUUUCCACCUGCGGGUCCCACCUCUCCGUGGUCUCCCUGUUUUACGGGACGGGUCUGGUCGUGUACCUCAGUUCGGCGGCCACCCAGAACAACAGGGCCAGCGCCAUCGCCUCGGUGAUGUACACGGUGGUCACCCCCAUGCUGAACCCUUUCAUCUACAGCCUCAGGAACAAGGACAUCAAGGCAGCCCUGAGAAGCCUCAUGAGCAAAGCACCUCCCAAGCUAUUUGCCUUGGGGUGA